CAAAACAACCCUGACUGCGUAGAGCGGCCGGCGGCGGAUGGGCUUUACAGGACGGAGAGUGUUUAACCGGCCGCCUGUGGAGGAAAAAACGGGUGUUUAUGGAAGCGGCGGAGCGGAGAGGAGCCGAACUCAGACCGGAAACCGAGACCGAGGCUGGGCUUUAAACCGGGGGGUCCCUCCGCGCUGCGCUGGGGGGCUGUAUUACCGCGGUGUGAGCGGGUCAGAGAGCCGGCCGGUGCGCGGCUGUAGCGGGGGCGCUAGAGCAGCAGAUGUUUGAGCCGCUGCAGGAGGCUUGUGUAGCUAGGCUAGGCUAAGCUAAGUUAGGUUAGCCGCCGCUCUGUAUCAGCUGUAGUUCACCAGCCGCUGUAUUAGUGUUUAUCCAGUCCGGGCUCGGCCUCGGCGGGACCGGCUGUGGGAUGAGUGCCGCGGUGUACGUUUUAUCCACGGUUACCGGCUACGUCCUGACUUCCGCACUGCUGCUGAAAUGCCCGUCGCUACUGCACCGGAGAAAGCGGGAGACGUUCCGCAGCAAACACAUCUCUCACCGCGGGGGUGCAGGAGAGAACCUGGAGAACACCAUGGCAGCCUUCAGGCAUGCUGUACAACUUGGCACAGACAUGCUGGAGCUGGACUGUCACUUGACUAAGGACGAGCAGGUGGUGGUGCUGCAUGAUUCCAACCUGAAGAGGUCGACCGGUGUUUGCGCCAACAUUUCAGAUGUGGCCUACGCUGAUCUUCCACCUUACUUGUGUAAGCUUGGGGUGACUUUCAAGCGAGAGUGUUUUGUAGAAGGUGGUGAAGACAAGAACAUUCCUCUGCUGCGAGAUGUCUUUGAGGCCUUCCCAAACACCCCCAUUAACAUUGACAUCAAGGUCAAUGAUGAUACACUUAUCAAGAAGGUCUCUGAGCUGGUGGUGAAGUAUGACCGGGAGCAUCUGACUGUAUGGGGUAACUCCAGGGACCAAGUAGUUCAGAAGUGUUACAAAGAGAACCCCCAGAUCCCGGUGUUGUUCAGCUUGCCCAGAGUGCUGAUACUGGUGGGGCUUUUCUACACAGGUCUGCUGCCCUUCAUACCCCUUAAGGAGCAGUUCUUAGAGAUUCCCAUGCCUUCCAUUACUACCAAACUUCGAGACCCCAGGCGGAUGACACGGGGUGAGCGCAUCAUCACUUGGUUGGCAGACACCCUUCUCAUGAGGAAAGCUCUAUUUGACCAUCUCACAGCCAGAGGAAUACAGGUUUAUAUAUGGGUGCUGAACGACGAGGAGGAUUUUAAACGUGCCUUUGACCUCGGAGCCACGGGCGUGAUGACGGACUAUCCCACCAAGCUGAAGGAGUUCCUGGAGAAGAACGGUGUCCCGAAGUCCGAGUGACCUGCUGCUGCUGACGGAGAGAUUACAGCCGUUUCCUUUCUUGCCUUUCUUUGUGGUCUCGCUGGGAGUAUCCUAAUCUUUUUUUUUUUUUUUUUUUUUUUUUUGCACAUCUGCGCUCCUGGUGUAAGGUAACAAAAGCAGCAGCAGCAGCCAUAAGCAUGAUGACCACUUUUUGAACACUAUGGACUCUUCAUUUGUUUUUUUUUUGUUUUUUUGUUAUUUAGAAGCCCUCAGUAGAUCUCUGAGUAGUAAACAGUUAAACAGUAAUCAUUUAUAAUCACAGCAACGCAGAAGAGCCGACGUAACAGUCCGUUCAAUCAUUUUAUUAAAGUGGUGUAUCGUCCCGUCCGUACUGAAUCCUCUGUUUCAGCAGUAUUAUUCUUAAUGUGAAGAUACGAUAAGUAAAAAUCAUUUUAUUCAAGCAUUAGAGGUGGCAUAUUAAAUAAUGGUGGGUCUUCAAAUGUUACGUUAUUACAUUGAUAUUUCAACUGUGUAUUUUCUAUUUUGAGAUAUUAAUGAGACACUGGAGUUUGUAAGGGCAUGAGUAGCCAGGUAACCAGCAGGGGGCGUCGUCGUUAUGCAUUUAGUGCGUUUUGGUUGGUUUGGCCUGGGUUCGGCCAGUAAUAGAGUAGUGCACAACUUGGAAGCAAAACAUGACUAAGUAGUGCGCCUCUUUUACACGUUUACAAGUGAACGCUUCUAUCGGUGAGCAUUUCUCUUGUACAGUCGUAUGCAAAUGUUUCAUAGAAUAAUUGUACAUGCUUGAUGCUUGAUUUAAAGAAUUUAAGUGAAUAUAAAUACGCAUUUUUUUAUUUUAUUUUUUUACAAAGAACACGCCUUACGUUUAUUUGCUAAGUGUCAUUGCAAAAUGACAUUCACAAUACUAUAGCACAUUAUAAUAUUUUCCAGUAUGAAACACUGACCAAGGCCAAAAGUCAUGGGACAGGAGAACAUGGGAACAUUUGCUCUCUUUUAUGGGAUAUGUAUAUAUAAAUAAAUACAUAUUUAUUUCUUAUUUUCAUCAUUAUUAAUUUAUUCACGAAAUGUAAUCACUCUCUCCUCCCACAAUAGAAUGUAGAAAUAACUACGUGGGAUAUCUUAGCAACUGUCUAGCAGUGUCAUAGCAACCACUUUAAAUAUAACAACAUUUGCCUAGAAACCACUUAGCAAAACAUCAGCAAUCAUUCUAGUUAUAAUGUAACCUGACUAGCAACCACCUGGAAUGACCUCAUUAACUUCCUAGCAACACCUUAUCACCACUUAAGAUAUGCUAGUAACUGCUUAGCUACCACAUAGCAACGCCUUAGCAAUAACUUAAGAUAUGAAGGAACCUGCCUAGCAACUACCUAAAAUACCUUUUCAACUGCCUAGCAACACCUUAGCAAUCACUUUAGAUCUGAGAUCUAGCAACCACUGGGACUCCUUUAUUAACUGCCUAUCAACACCUUAUUAAAUACCUGGAAUACCUUAUCAACUGCCUAGCAACACAUUAGCAACCCCCUAGCAACAACUUAGCAACACCUUAGCAAUCACUUUAGAUCUGAGAUCUAGCAACUACCGGGAAUCCUUUAUCAGCUGCCUAGCAACAUCUUACUAAAUGCCUGGAAUACCUUGUCAACUGCCUAGCAUGUCAACCUAGCAACCACUCAAAAAUACCAGAUACCACUAAUCACAGUCAUUACGAAAUCCGUCUCCCAUUCAUCUGGUUCCCACUACCAGGACGCCUUAAAUGAAUUUAUCCAAUAAUUCCUUUUUCUUGACCAGUGUUCAGCUCUCACAAGAUAUCACCUCGCACCUUAUACAUGUGUGGGUGUUAACAUGCUGUCCCCUGUGACCAUAACACAAUAUGGUCAGUUUACUGCUAUUCCAUGUCUUUUGGCAUGUCUAUCAGUAUAUCUUUAGCAAAUAAACAUAAACAAUGUUCUGAACUGAGCGGAGAAACAGUAUGUUUAAGUUCAUGUUCUGUAGAGCUUCAGUCAGACUGUAAACGAACUUUGGAUCGUUGUGGACUUUUGCAUACGACUGUAUAAAUCAGUGACUGAAAUACAGUGUUCUAUUACUGUAUGAAUUUUGUUAAACCACAAAGUUGUUUUUUGUGUCUUUUCUGCUGUGUCUCUCUUCAGCUUUUUCCAGAAUGAAACAAUGAGUUUUUGUUUGUGUCGUUCUGAAAGCCAAUCAGAAACUGCCUGUAGAUUGUUACAGAACGCUGGGGAGGAGUGGUGAAGGGCAUUGUUGUUGUAUUUAUAUUAUCUAAUACAAAUGAUGAUGAUGAUGCCCAGCUCUGCACAUAUUCUGUUCUGUUCUGACAGAAUGCCUUAACCGACACUUACUGGCCACUUUAUUAGAAACACCUUAACACCUUGUAGGUCCUACUUGUUUGCGGAUGGUUCUGCACAUUUAUUUUGCGUGUUUUCUGUUGUUUCUUCUGUUGGUUAAUCCUCUGUGGCUUGAAUUUUUUUUUGUUAUUUGGAGAGAAAAAAACAAGCACUGGUUAAAAAAAUAGUGCAUAAUGUUGUCCCAAGGCAACAAAUGAAAAUUCUGUUUAAAUAAGUAAAUAAAACCAAAUUAAAAAAUGUAAUUUAAAACCUCAAUAUAGGCGUUACCACUAGAAUUAGUAAAUUGCUGGUUUGAAUCCCGGUCAUGCAGCUUGCUAUCAGCAGCCAGAGUUGGAGAGAGAAAAUUUGGAGUCAUGGAUGCACAUAUACAUAUAUCUUAAUUGGAUUUAAAUGAAAAAAAUGUUAGAACAUAUAUUUAUCUUUAUCUAUUGCUGGUUUUGUGUCCUAUGUGACUUUGGUUGCUAAAAAGAUUGCUCCACCUCCAGAAUCUUAAACCAGAUUCUUCUUCUUCAUUUUAUUGAAAUGGAGACUUGUUGUAUGACAUAUUAAAACAAUAUUGUAAAAAUAUUUAAUUUAAUGUAUUGCUAAUUGCUAAAAAAUGGUGCCAUAGAGGGUUAAUACUGUCGGAUGGAAACUUUUUGUAUCUCCAAAAUGGCAACUUCACAGGAGCUGGAAAAACCUUAACUUUCAGUAGAAGUCAAAGUACAAAUAUUUUAAUCUAAGAAUUUUUGAAAUAUUUCUUUUGGUCCGUUCUGUAUAAUAUUUAACACAAUGAAGAAAAAGAACAGCAGCUAGAUUCACAUUGUGUCAAAUGUGGCAAAACAGCAGAAAUAUACAAAUAUACAUAGUAGUGGUCUAGCAGUGACUGAUUCUGUUGAAGAUCUGUUUCCAGCAGCUAUCCAAAUGUUGGUCUGAUUGUGCAAGGCUCGUGUAGUGAGGUGGAGUCCUAACUAAGGGGUGGAGCUUGAAAUUUAAGCAUCCAUCUUUGCAAUGCCGUCUGGCAGACUUUUGGAUCUUUCAAGGGGGGAGGCCAAAAUACAGGAAAUUUAAGGUAAAAAAACUCUUUUCAAGGACCGAUAAAGCCUGAUAACUUUUUUUCAUAGCUUAUAUAAUAGCAUUUCUGUCGGCUGCGCAGAUUUCCCAUUUAAACACGCUGAGCCUUCUCUGCUCUUGUGCACAAGCAGAAAGCUGAUUGGCUCUUUUUGUUGAACUGCGGGACUUCGUCCGCAAACAGAUGCCAUGUUGAGCAUCACAAGAACUCUUUAAUUCUUAUUUAAACCAGUGGCCAGUCUCCUCAUUUUACAGCAUAACGUCAGUUAUAAAUGGAGCUAUAUGGGAGGUGGACCUUUUUAAUAAAGUGGUCAGUAAGUAGAAGUAAAAUAUAUGGUAGGUAUAUCUAAAGUUUCUACUGAGUGUUAAAUUAGACUUGAGCUUAGAAGGGAAGAAAGUUAAGAUGGACUGAGGCUUAUUUUGUACAAGUGAUGCCAGACUUGAAUUAAGUUCUUGAAAAUAAGGACUUUUAUGUUGCCGAGCAGGUCAAGCACAUCGUGUCUAUUACAAGCAAAGCCAUGCGUGAUUUAUAGCUUUUAUAAUGUUCUUUACAUGACGGCUAUUCAUAGUUUGUGGCCCUCGCCCAUUUUGACAGAAGUAUUGAUGAUGUUUAUUUAUAUGAAACCAAGCAGUUGGCAGCAGUUUCGCCUUGUAAUGAGGGGAAUUGACAAUUGACAACUUAGAUUCCUACGUGUUAAGUCAUUAAAGCAAAAUAAAGCAAAUAUACAUUAUUUAAGGUUUGUGAAUAAAUACUGCUGAUCCAUGCUGAUUAUAAUGGGUUUAAUGGGUUUAUGUAAGUAGAUAAUGCAAAAAAUUGUAAUUUAUUGUCUAAAUAAUUCUCUUUUCCCCUUGUUUUCCCCCUUUGUUCUCUUAGCGUAGUAAAAUGUGUUUUGUAAUAUAAGCGUAGAGCAGAAAAAACCUGUAGGCCAGGUAUUAUAAAUGAUGAUAGCACAAUCAAAAACCUUGGCUGUAGCUGAAAUGGAUUCUUACUCCCUAUGUGGGAUCUCCUGGGCUCUCAGGUUUCCUCCCACAGACAAAUCAUGCACCUCUAAAACUGCCAUUGUGUUAAUAUAUAUUUAUAUAUGUUUAUAUGCCCAUAUAUGGAUUGCCACUCUGUUCUGAGUCUGUGAGGUUGUUUCCGGUUGAGAGUAUGCUGCGCACAAUUGGUUGACAACACAUGGGGCUGUUGUUUCAACUAUCUGUUGCUUAAAAAUGAGAAUCUCAGUGCAUUUUUGUCCACAUGCAGCUCAUGUAGUGAGCUACAGUGUUCACUGUGAGUUGUGAUGAGUGGACUGAAGGACAUUCCAAUGGCCUCAGAAUUACGUUAAAAUUCCACAAACAAGUAUUGAUUUCAACACUACUGAGAAUUGCUAAUGUACUCAAAAGCACUCUAAAUAUUAUACGUAAGUAUAUGUAAAUAGCAAGAAAAUAGGGAUCCAUUUCAGUCUCAGACCUUGUUUAAUGCAGUAUAUUUAUGAAUGUGGAAAAAGCCAUUCCAGGAUGCCAGUUAUGACAAGAGAUUUUUAUAAGUUUUAAGUGAUCCCAAAUGAUUUAAAGCAUCUUAGUAAUCUCUGAACAGCUUUACAUUAGUGCGUUACUUGUGUAAAUGAAAAUGGGAAGGUGACUGAAGGCGAUUUAAGCAUAAGCAUGCUGAAUAGCUUUAAAAAAAGAAGAGGGGGAAUCUAUUUUAAAAGCGAAUUCCUAAAACUGUUUCCUCACUUUGUUUCAUUGUGUCCUGCUGUUUGUGCAUCUUCUUUACACUGUAUGUAAUGUAUUUACUGUGGUCAUUUGCCAGUGGUUUCUUUGUGUGUGUGCAAUACUCUAUUGACUUUUAUUUUCAGCACAUUUGCACAUUGACUGAAUGUUUCUGUCAUUCCACAUUCAGAGGUUCAGUUGCUAUAUUGAUUUGAAUGCUGCAGUGAUUUGUAAAUACUUUGUCAUUGAAAAUAUUUUGAAUGAAGAUAUUCAUGCAA